CAGUCUGGUGAACUCUGGCUCAAGUGCAACAUCAUGGCAGGACAGGUAGCGCUAAGUGUUGGCAUGUUGAGCCGCCGCUUUCCAGAGCGGUAUGUGGCUGCUUGGCAAAUCGCUCGAGCAGCACUGGAGAUAAAGAGAGAGGACCGCCAGUUGUCUUAUGCAUCAAAAGUCCCAGACUCUAUCCAGUGUGAGCCGGGAGCCGCCCUGCGUGUGCUGGGGAUAGGGAGUGGGUCAGGUGAAGUUGACAGUGCCAUGUUGAAGAAGGUUUUACAACGCCACAAGACUGUGUACAACAGGGUUGUGGAACCGUCGGGAGAAAUGCUCGAGCGUUAUAAGACCCUGGUGCGUGAAGACAAGAGCCUCGGUGCUGUGACGUUUGACUGGCGUCAACAGACAGCAGAAGAGUACUUCCAGACCAAGGAAGACACAAAGUUUCACCUGGUCCAUGCCAUACAAGUUCUGUAUAACGUGGAAGACCACCACGCCACCUUGCGGAACAUGUGGGAACAGGUGGAAAGCGGUGGAUACAUGUUGGUCGCCAUGGAGUCAGAUCACAGUGACCUGGGAAAGUUGCAUUACAAGUUGUGGGAUGAGUUCGGCCAGGGUGACCGUUUGAAGACGUCGCUCCGUUCAUCCGGUGACGUCAAACAGUGGCUUGACGCAAGGGGCAUCAGUUACGUCACUUGGGAGAACAUUAACGUCAACUUUAACGUCACGGAAUGUUUUAAGGAGGACUCGGAGGCCGGGAAGAUGCUUCUCGACUUCUUGACGCUAACACCUUACGUGUCAAGUGAUACUAAAAUAAAAUCAAUGGUAUUGGAUUUUAUUCGAUGUAAUUCCUCGCUAGCUGAUGGCAAGGUCAUCUUUAAAGCAAGCUCUGACGUUGUUGUCGCCUUCAGAAGGAAGUAAU